AAAGUUCUCUAUCGACAACAAAAGAAUCUAGUAGGUCAUAUAAAUUUCAAUGAUUAUUUUGCUCAUGUCAACCCUCAUUUAUAAUAAAUAAAUGCCGUCUAUAUAUUCGAGAAAAUACCUUGAAUUAUGGAAAUAACGGGUAAUACAACAGAAAAUAUAGUAGAACAUUCAAAUUCUAGAUUGGUUAUAUCUAAUAAAAAUAUUGAAUCUGUUUUUGAACUACCUAGUGACAACAACAAUACAAAGGAAUGGAAAUCUAAUAGUAAUCAGUUCAAAUCGAAUGAAUUAGUAAUCAAAAAAAGUAAUCGAAUAUUAAAUUUGUUGAAACAAACAUUCGUUGAAAUAUGCCUUACCGGUUCAAUGCUUAAGACACAAACGCAUUUAUAUAACAAAAGUUAUUUUGGUAAAAAGAACAAUAAAUGUUUCAAAAAAUUAACUUAUCAUCUGGAAAGAAUUUUAUAUACACUUUUAAUUAUUAUUGACGUUGUUCUACGUGGUUUUGGGCAAGUGUUUCUAUGUAAUCAUCCAAUCACUGGAAUAUUGAUUAGUGUUGGAUUGUACUUAACAUCUGUUAAAUUGUUAAUAUAUGCAAUAGUUGGUGCUUCUUGUUCUACAGUUGCUGCUAUGAUUAUAUCGUUACCACCCUUUAGUGAAGUGGGUUCCGGCCUUCUAGGAUAUGAUGGCGCUUUGAUAGGAUGUGCUGUGUGUUCAUACAUAUCUGCAGACCAGGUAACAGGUCGUGGAUCAAAUGUUGUGCUAUCUACGUUUAACUCUAGUGGUAUGGUCAUUAAUGCCGUACUAGCGGCUGUUAGUGGUGUCAUUCAUAUGGCUAGUAAAAACAUGAACGAGUUGCCUGCUUUAACUUUGUCUUUUAAUAUCACAUGCAUGUUAUUUUUAAUUAUCAUUGGUAAUGGUAAGGGUGAUAUUUCAUCGUUGCAUUGGGGUCGCUUACCAAGUAAUUACACCCAAGAUAUGGCAAACAAAAAUGUCUCGUUAGAUUGGGUGGCUCCUUCGUUUACUUUUUUUUAUGAUGCUGCUGUUCGUGGUGUGGGACAGUUUAUGUUUAUUAAUACAACAUUAGGUGGAUGGAUGGUCGUUAUUGGAAUUGCUAUUGCUAAUAAAUAUGCAGCGUUGGCUUCUGUGUGUGGAGCACUCACAGCUGCAAUUAUAGCUCGAUAUGUACUAAUUGUUCCAAAAGCAAGUCUGAUUGCAGUACAUAAUGGGAUAUAUGGUUAUAGCGCUGCUGGUGCUGCUGCUUCCAUAGGUGGUGGAGUUUUUUUUCGAACCUCGUUUGCAGCAUUCAUUGUUGGAAUUUUUACCGCUGCUCUUACUGUUUUCAUUCAAGUUGCUGUGGAAGCAAUCUUAUUUAAUAAUUUUCUUCAAUUGCCUGUAUUAACCAUACCUUUUGUAGCCACUACAUGGUUGAUUUUGACUGCACGAUCAGCGUGGUUAGAUCCAUUAGACAAUGAGGAUGAAAUUUCAGUUGAUGUAGAAAAUAAAUCGCGUAUUGACGAAGAAAAUAAUAACAUUGAGAAUAUUGUAUUAAAAAAUAUGUUUGAAAAAAACCAAACGAUAUUACCCUCUUUAUCGCAGGUGGCAGAUGUUAAAAAAUCCAUUAUUAAAAAAAAAGUAUCAUGGAAAGAACGUGAUUGUGGUCAAUUAGAUCGAAGAAAAAAAAUUACUCAGUUCAAAAUGGUGCGAAAGUUACUUCCUUUUUAGCUACUAUAGUUUAUAUAAGUAUAUGCACACACACACUGAAAAAAAUUGAUAUUUUUUGCAAAAAACAAAGAACAAUAAUUUUUUUGAAUAAAACAUUUUAACUUUAGAAAAGUAUGUUAGUUCUUGUUUUUUUGUCUUCUUGUUUUCGUUUUGUAUAAACAUAAUAGUUAUGUUUAGAAAAGUUGAUGAUAA